AAGACGGUUGCAAGAAGGACACAGUUUGGGUGGUUGGGGUUAAAAUGCCGGGAAAUUUGGAAAUAAAUCGUAGAAGUGAAUCCAUAUGGAUUAGCUGACUUUAUCGUGAUUACCUAGCUUUAAAGAAAGCAAAUAGUUAUUGCUUGGUGUUUUAUUCACUAUCUUGGACAAUUUAAGAACUUAAUUGAGUUAGACCGCUAGCGAGCUAAACUAUAGCCACUUUGCAUUCUUCAUCUCCCGAGUGUAAAAAUGGUAGUAGAGCACCAGUUUCAAGGUAGCUUCAGCGUCACCAAAAGAGUUCUUAUUUACAAACUCAUAAUCUUGGAACAAAUCAGAAACACGCUGGAGAAAGAACUUCGAACUUUUACUGAAAAGGUAAACGAGGCGGUACAAGACUUUCUGAACAUGACCGAUGCAAGAGCGACACAGGACUGCGCCGAACUUAUAACGACUUUAAAUUUAAAAUGCAACAUAAUUCAACAGCUUGCAACAUUUUUCCAGGAGCUUAAAUUGGGUAUAGAGCCUCCGUGUGGUUUAAAAGUACCUGCAGUAACAGAAACUCUCUGUCCACGUGUUUUAAGUUUGCCGAUGUCAUAUUGCACGUCUGGGAGCAGAGAGAUCAGGGUCUCUGACGUGCUUCGCUUCGGACCCAUGUUGCAGAACGCUCUGAUGGCGACCUCUAUAACGAAUGCAGUGCAGACAUUUGGAGCUAUGCUAUCUCUCCACCAUAUACAGAUGGCCCUGGCCACUCAGUCAGAGAUGGUCCUACGCUCUGCUUCCUCAAGUUGUGCGCUUAACAUUGAGGUGUGCGAUUCACUGUCUGGAGACAAGAGAGAAAACAUACCAGUGGCGAGCGAGAGAGGGAGUGUGUAUCCACUUCAGGGACCAAGACACCACCCUGGCCUGAAGAAUGUUUUUGAGGAUCCACAGGAAUUCCCUAUACAGAAGGUGCAUUCUGUGGUUCAGCACAUAUCUCCACAAUUCACGGAGUGGGGGCAGGGGAACUGCCUCAGGGUUCAGCAUCAGAAGCAAACCGCAUCUCAGCUAAUACGCUUCAUAAGGAACAGCGGCGACAAUGAGGGUCUCGUGCAGGUCACGUUCUUCAAAGGGAAACCCUCGGCAACGCCACGGCAGCAUGAGGUCACGGAUAAAAAGGCGGCAGACAAGGAGAGCAAAGUCCCAGUUAGUUUAGAGAAACGGCAGUUUUCCAGCCUGGUUCCCGUGUUCAAACCGAAGGGAAACGUUAGCGCUGGCUGUCUAAUCUACAGCUGUGUUGUGGCCACUAAACGCGAGUUGUGGGACGUCGCCGAUAUUUUCACCGAGGGUGCCAGUGACGUCUCUGAAAAGCCUCUGGGGCAGGAGCCAGAGUCGCCCGUCGACAGCUGCGGCGAGUCGUACUUCGAAGUCCUGGGAGUGUCGCGGCAGGGACCCUCGUCCGCGGGUCAAAGCCGGCUGUCUGCAGCUGUGAAGCCCGAUGUCGGCAGCGGUCCUCCUAUCGCGGGGCCAGCUCCCGUGAGCAGAGUCGACGCUGCUGUCAGAAUCCCCGAAUUUAAAAUCCGCAAAUUUGAAGAGAUGGAAGUGACCGUCUCCCACGUGGUCAGCCCCAGCGACUUCUUGAUCCAGCACGCCAGCUCUGAGCUCCAGCGGCUGUCUCAGAUGAUGGACAGUAGUCUUAAAUCCCGCAGCUCUCUCGCGCAGAUGAACUGCGUUCCAGACAUAGGCGCCUGCGUCGCAGCCUGGUUCUCCGAGCACAAGCUGUGGUGCCGCGCCCAGGUGCUCAGAAUCUGCGGCAUGCAAGCAGAUACCAGCCAGACUGUGAGUGACGGGGAGGGGACGGGGGCAGACGGGAGGCACAUUGAACUGGAGGUGCGAAGGAUCGAUUUUGGGGACACUGCCCGUCUGCCCCUGUACCGCCUCAGAGAGCUGGACGCGCAGACGGCUGGCGUGCCGCAGCAGGCCCUGCAGGUGGCGCUAGCGAACGUGUCUCCAGUGAACGGGCAGGACUGGACCCCAGACGCGGUGGACUGGUUUAAGGACAAAGUGAAGGGGAGGACCCUGUACGCCCGUCUGUACCCCCAGGGGAAAGACGUCAGGAUAGAGCUCUUCAUGGAGAAGGGCAAGAUUGGGGCGAUGAGGAGGGGCUCCUCGCUGUCUUUGCGACUGGCCCAAAAUGGCCACGCCCACCAUGAUAACCUGAAACGCUGGAAAGGCAGUGUCCUACAGAAGACCAGAGGGAAGGCUUCACAGUGGGAGAAACACCUCAUUUCAUGUUAUUCUCAAAACAGGAAAUGACACUUACACUGGAGACAAGCUGAAGAUGGCUUGUGUGUUUAAGCGCUUGUGUUGGGUGUGCAUGUUCAGUUUCGUUUGUCAAGUGCCACAAUAAUAAUCCCUUCCCUGUCUCUGCUAAUGGACAGACAUUGAGACCAACUGAGGUUCAAUUGCAUAUUAUAUUUUGUAAUUUUGCUAAUUUUGACUUCAGUUAGUGUUUCCAUUUUGUUGUUCUGUUAUACUUGCACAUAAUAUCUCAAGUGUAUAGGUCACAAACAAAAGUGAGAAUUUGUAAGAUGGCAUGCCUUUAUAAGCUACACCAGACCGACAGUAUGAUGUGAAGUCACUUUUGUGAGUAUGGUGUGGAGACCUCCACUCUCACACAUAGUAGGCGGUAGUAAUGCACCUUUGAUUGGUUUACAAAUGCUCAACACUUUAGAGGAACAAUGUUGAGCGUGAUUUUCCGCAGCUAAUUUCCAUAGCAAGAAAUGUUGUACGUGUGUAACAACUUUAUUUUUUAUUGAGAGGCAGAAAGGAAGAGAGAGAGAUGGAAGAAAAAUAUUGCAUGAGAAUCAGGAUAUGUGACUGCUUAAAUUCAUGGCUGAAGAAUUCAUUGACGUUUAACAUUUCAUUUCUUGCUUGCUGCCUUCUGGUCAGUCACAAAGUGCAUGUAAAAUGAGGUGGGAAGUUUUUCUUUACCCAACUGCCUUUUCCGUUUUCUCUUGGAAUGCCCAGUUGUUUGUAUUUAAUGCUGUAGCCUCUGUCGGAGCGCCAGAAAGAAUGCGUUCUCUGAAAUGUGAGCUGUUGUCCGCCAUUGCUCCUUUUCACCACCUAAGCUUGCUCAGACACGGGGUUUGAGGACGACACAAACGUCUGACUUGUGAAGGCAGACUGCAGGCAACCAUUUUGACCAGAGGGGGGUCACUGUUAAACACUGAGAUUUGUCCUUGCCCAGGCAACACUAUGGCCAGUUACGCCCCUGCCUGCACUGCUGCUGGCCACAGUGCAGCACUGGCUUGACCUGGAUUCGAUACGGAAACAGCGACUUGAUUAGAUGAGCAAACCAGCAGCCCGAGCAGCUGUGCAUCUCUGUUGAAAGUUCGCGUUGUGAGCUCACCUAUGGAAGAGUGUUCCAUUUUCACGUUUAUUUCAGGAUUCUGGGUGGUGGUGUUCUGGGGAGUACUGUACUAUACACAAGGAGCCUAGCGUGGGACCACCUCGUUUUAUUGGAUUCCCUGCU